CUGCCGUGGUGACGUCAGACCCCGCCGCCCCUGCAGCGCUGAACGGAGCGAGCAGCCUGUCUGAUUCACUCCAAAAAACAGCUCGGCACGGCACGGCACGGCACGGACAUCCUCCCGCGGGGAUAAGGAUAGAGGCUUGUUGGGACAGCGGGCAGAGCUCACCUUUCAGCGCGCGCGCGCGAGAGAGAGAGAGAGAGAGCGAGAGGCCUCGACAUCAGCACCAGCAUACUUUAUUUUUUCCUCCAGAAGACCGGACAGGGGGACAGAGUGCGCCCACCGUGUUGCGGGUGUAUGCGCGUUCGUUUGUCUCCCCGGUUUGGAUCACGAUGAUGCAAAGUGCGGCGGUCCUACCGACAGAGAGUCCUGUGAAGAGUUUACCGGAGAUUCUCGGAGUGCCACUGCAACAGAUCCCUCAGUGCGCCGGCUGUAGUCAACACAUCCUGGACAAGUUCAUCCUGAAGGUGCUGGACCGACACUGGCACUCCAAGUGCCUCAAGUGCGCCGACUGUCAGACCCCGCUGGCGGACAAAUGUUUCUCCCGGGCAGGAAGCGUCUACUGCAAGGAGGAUUUCUUCAAGCGUUUUGGAACGAAAUGUGCAUCCUGCCAACAGGGGAUCCCUCCGACGCAGGUUGUGCGAAAGGCGCAGGACUUUGUGUAUCACCUGCACUGCUUCGCCUGCAUCAUGUGCAGCCGGCAGCUGGCCACCGGGGACGAGUUUUACCUCAUGGAGGACGGCAGGCUGGUGUGCAAGGUGGAUUAUGAGACGGCAAAACAAAACGACGAUUCGGAGGCGGGGACCAAGCGACCGAGGACCACCAUCACGGCCAAGCAGCUGGAGACCCUCAAAAGUGCCUACAAAAACUCGCCGAAGCCAGCACGCCACGUCAGGGAGCAGCUGUCCUCGGAGACGGGGCUGGACAUGAGAGUAGUGCAGGUGUGGUUCCAGAACCGACGAGCAAAGGAAAAGCGCCUGAAGAAAGAUGCAGGUCGACAUCGCUGGACCCAGUUUUAUAAAAGUGUCAAACGCAGCCGAGGAGGAACUAAAGUGGAGAAGGAAAGCUCGGCCGACGACGCAGGACUCAGUGACAGCGAACUAAGCUUCAGAGACGACCAGGUCCUGUCGGAUCUCGGCCACACCAACGGGCUCUACGGGAGCGUGGGCGACAUCAGCAGCGGCGCGGUGCUGAGCGGCGGCUUCUCCGUCGACGCGGCAGGACAACCCUACCACGACAUCCGGGCGGGAAGCCCGUACGGCCUCCCACAGUCGCCCUCCUCCAUCACGUCCCUGCCCGGCCACACCCCUCUGCUCAACAACCUGGGCUUCAGCAUGGACGGUCUGGUGGUGCAGGGCGGGCCGGGCGGGGUGGGACAGGCCCUGAGGGCCAUGGCGGGGGGCCCGACCUCAGACCUCUCCACGGGAAGCAGUACAGGAUACCCCGACUUCCCCACCAGCCCCGCCUCGUGGCUGGAUGAGAUGGACCAUUCCCAGUUUUGAGAUUUCAAGCGCGGGCAGAAGAUCUCUGUGGGGAUACGGGAAAACUGACUAAACGCGGCUUCGCAUUUGUUUCCAUCGGCCCUCCGAGACUGGUGGGUUUUGUGAUUUGGGGUGAAGAGGUGAAGGAAGGGAAGAAGUGUGACUUUCAGCCCCUCAGCAGUUGUCGCGGCGAAGCAGAGGUGAAGUUCGUACAGGAUCAGCGAAGGACACCUCCAAACCGCCCGAAUCUUCAAUCUCAACGCUGUGUCCUACAACCUUCGGUAUCGCCUGACUUUAUUCUGUUCUUUCACUCCGAGAAUGAGACUGGAUUUUGUUGGAUUAAUGCUCAAACAGGAGGUAAUACUGUCCCCGAAAAAUAAACCGUCCCUGUCUAACGGCCACACCAAUAGUUCUUCAAUCUAGAUCAAAGUCCCGACGAGACCCAAGAGGCACCUGCAUGCUUCUGAUUCAUAUGAGUAGGACUGCUGUCUGGCCAUAUCAAAGCCUUUUACAUUGGCAAUGCACUUUACUCUCCUCUUCUUUUUCUACACAUGUGGACAGGAAUGCAGAGAGAGGGAGAGAGAAAAAGAGGAGAGACAUAUGCACAAGGCAAAAACACAGUGUUUCAUUGGGAGAGAAAUUUACAAGAACAGUGGCACAAGUGUGAAUUUUGAACCAUGCUGAUGUUUUUUUUUUGUUUUUUUUCCUAAGUUAUUAGGAAAGGAGAUGGUCUGUCUGUCUGUCUGUCUGUCCGUAGACCCAUAAAGUCUCCUCUGUUUGAGUAAGAGGGAAACACAGCAGGUCUCUCUCUUACUUGUUCUGGUCUUUUGUAAAAGCCGCCUGAGAGGAGAAGUCUGUCUUCUAUUAAAUAUUCUGUUUCCAGACUAACCAGGCAUCAAAGCUCAUGUGUUGAAGGACACUCAAGAAGUUUCGGCGGGGUUUGGAGAAAUCCACCUCUCCCCGUUUUAGUAAUACAUCACAUAUCUAAAUUAUUAAUUUAUUUUAUUUCCAAUGCACAGUAAGACAAACAGACGUCCGUUUAUAAGAAACCUUUACAGAUUCCUUUGCGGAUAUUAUUAUCAAAUUAAAGGGUAAUGCAAAUGCCAAACGUUGAACUGACAUUAAAAACACCAACUAAGUAUUAGCAGGAAGGCAGAAAAAAAACCCGUCCCUUUGUGUCGGCUCCUCUGUUUCCUCAGUCUGAUCCGGGCUUCUCUCGGUAAUCUACUCAGUCCGGCAGAGCUCUGGCUUCGCCUGCUAUCAACCUACUUACCGACCCCAGAUGUGUUGUCAAUCUGUUCUCCCUCUGCCCGGCCCCCGUGUCACAGGGAUUACCACAGAGCCCCCCCCAACCGCUAUCACGGCUGACACCCUACUGUCGCUUCAGAGCCGGACUGAUACGUUUCCGUCAGUUCCGGCAACAUCAGCUAAAUCUUAAAGCCGCCCACGAUAACCGAGAAAGAGGAGUGAUUCCCUGAAGGUUUCCGCCUCUCUUGCAAUGCAACCUCUCUUCUGUUUCAUUAUUUGACCUGUUGAGCAUGUCAAAGCCAGUAGCCAUUUAAAAAGACACCCGUACCCCUAUUUCUUAUUGGUCAAUUGGAGAAAAGAAAAGAAAUCUCUCAUGUGUGGUCACUUUUUCAAGAAAAAAUGCCAAGUUUCCUCUUUUUUUUACCAGAGCAUCCUAUUUAGGAGCCAGGAAGCAACUCAACAAACAGAAGGUGGUAACACUUUGGAAUACAGCCCGCAAAUUUCAAGAUAAUUAUCCAGUAGAUACAUCAAUAAAACACUUACUGUGCUGGGAUUGAACUAUAAGUAAAGGGGAUGACAGUAAGUAAUAUCAACUACAUGGGGUUGUUGAUAUUACAAUGAAAGUAUUCAAAAUAUGAGUUGAAGUUUACAUUAGUAUUGUUUCUAGGGAACAGAACAUUAGUGAGAGUCUAAUACGUCUCUAUGCCCCCCACCCUAAGGUUAAUAUAUAAUACAUCACUCCCAGUAUUCUCCCAGUACACCAGUAGAUAACCAGCGUUCUAUUGGUACUUUAAACGGACAAACAAUAGUGUCAUUUGCGGGCUAUAGAAUAAAGUGUAUGGCGAAUAACGUACACAAAAACAUUACCACUGCAGUUUUGUUAAGUCUGUGUUGCCUCAGAAGUUUUGCGUCUUAAUUGUUGUAAAUUUUGUACAGUUUGAAACCGUGUUGAUUGUCUUGUUUCAUGAGCGCUAUUUAUUAUUGCCAUGUGUCUUUGAAAAAGAUGUAAAAGAGAGAGCACUGAAAUUAUUCAUUUAUGCCUUCUGUGUUAUGGUAUGAACCGUGUACAGUCAAAUCUAUACGAGGAAAAUAAAGCUGAAUUGUCUUUGGGUUA